CAUACAAUGAACAAACCUUUCACACUCUCCUCAGUCCUCCUCAUGCAACCACCGUUCUACAUGUCUCUCUCGUUACUGAAAAAUUGUUUGUCAUCGCCGGCAAAUUCUCUCUCCUUUCUCCAGUAGACAUUGACAAGUUUCGGCCUUUCGAUAACCAAACCCCAUUUCAGAGUCUCGAUUGAAUAGCCCUCUCCUCCUCCUCCUCCUUCUCUGUACACUGUGCGGCUCCGGCGUUUUUAGUGUGAUUCUAGAAAAGAGAGAUGUCAAUGAUGAUUGCAAGCUCUUCACAGAGUGAUCAAGAUUCAGUAAGCUUCCAAGUGCUUCUCGAUGCUUUUGGUUCUCGUUUCUCUCUAGACGACAUUACUGCUGCCUUCCACGAAGCUAGCCAUAAUGUUGACGUGGCUGGUGAUAUUCUCUUUGCCAUGACUGAAGAAAAGACUCCUCAAAGUGACCAAGUCGGAGCAAUCUCAGAGCCAGCUAAUGUCUGUGUUCAACAACAAGAAGAGGGCAAAGCCAAAGUAUUGAAGCCGAAAAGGAGUUCUGUAUCUGUUGGCAGUGUUUCGAGUGUUAUCGGUAAGGAGUAUGCUAGAACCAGGCCUGUAUCUAGUCCUCGCCGAGAAGCGACUAAACCGGUGAAGAUAGACUCAAAGGAUAUACCAGAAACUGAGAUAUGGUGUGAUGAAAGGCCAAAAAGAAACGAGGGGAACAUCAUCAAAAGCAGGGCUCCAACUGAGGUUGAGGAGUUUAUUGUUAAGAUGCUUGGUGAAGGAUUUCAAGCUAGCCCAGAGCUCAUUCACCACAUUCUUGGCAUAUGCGGCUAUGAUGUGAAGAAGAGUACCGAGAAACUACUUGACUUGUCUGAUACCAAGAAGCAUGCUGAUCUUGGAAUUUCAAAUGAACUUAUGUCAAAAGUUGAUCCUCAAAGACCAAAUGGAUCUACAUCCUGCAACCAAGUGGAAUUUUCUCAGAGUGAUGGAUCAAGAACUUUGACAGGUUCAGAGGAAGGACGCAAGGACAAUUCUGGUCUUGAAAAGGAGGUUUUAGAAGCUUUAUUCUCAUGUCCAGAAAGAUAUGAGGAAGCGCCAAAGCUAACUCGGCGAUUUGUAGAAAGGAGAGGAAGAGCUGCUGGUCGUCCUGUUAUUAAACCUCUGGAAGACCCUUUUCAAGAGAGAGUUGUCACCGUGAAACAAUCGUCACAUACAUCUAAACAAGAUGAAGAUGAUGAAAAUGAAUACAAGGCACAUCGCAAAGCAGUGCACGAGAAUUUGAAUGAGAUGAAAGAAUAUUACGGAGCUGCUGUAGAGGCAUUUUCCAAAGGAGAAACCGAGCGAGCACAGAGACUUGUGGAAAAGGGACACUUCUUCGGACAAAAAGCUCGAGAGGCAGAUGACAAAUCCAUAGCAAAGAUGCUUCAAGUCAAGGAAGAAGACAAUGGUUCCACUUAUAAGGAAGACGAGGUAGUCAUAGUGAAUGUGAAUGAGCUCGAACCAAGGGAAGCUCUCCGUCUUCUCAAACUCCAACUUAAGAACUUCACUGGCAUUCCAUCUAUCAAAGUCCUCAGAGUCAAACUAGGUGACAACAAGGAAGAUUCCAAAUGCAAACGAAGGCAUACUGCAAUUGCAAAGCUGCUGGAUGGAGAAUCCAUUGCUUGGUCUAAAGAAGAUGAUGGCCUCGUGAUGAUGAUUCGUAUUGAUGAGAUUGACCCUGAGAAAUUGAGUUUUGCCAAGAAAUAAAAACACACCAUUGGUUCUAUAAUCCUUUUGCUUAGUUCCACUACCAAAAUUUGACUAUGCUUGUUUCAAACAGUAUUCGUAUGUAACAAAAGCAAAGAAGCAUUUUGGCAGAAAUAUAAUCUUUUUGGUUUUCAAGUCA